AUGGGUGGAUCACAUAAUUUACCUUCGCCUCCGGCUGAAGAGUCAAAAGCAUCUCCUUCCUCAAGAAAGAGCUCGUCGUCGAGCAAGUCCGUGAAGCCUGUACAUCGGGUAUCCAAGAGAGCUAGCUCCAGUGCUGCCGUCACCCAUCACCACGAGCAGGUGGCUCACACCACUGGCAUGGACGGCCGUCAUAAGAGAGUCUGGAAAGCUUGCGAGCGGUGUCGAAUGAAGAAAACAAAGGCAGGUCCCAUCAGGUUCAUACUCUGUGAUGGUGAAUUCCCUUGUAAGCGAUGCAAAGACGAUGGUCUCGUAUGCACUGCUGGUGUGAGGAAGAAGAUGGAAUACAAGCAGCUGCCUAGAGGAUACGCCGAGGUUCUUGAGAACACUCAAUUCGCAUUAAUAGCUACUGUACAUAAGCUCUACAGCAUGGUCCGGAAUUCGCAGCCUUGGGAGAUGGGCGAGCCCGAGCUCAACGACCGUGGGCAACCAGUGAUCCACGACAUUGCACAUAAGCUUGGUUGCAUCCGACCCAACAGCGACAUCGACCUGCCCGUCCAUUCGGUCUUCCCCGAAGAUGAAAGAGGUAUGCAGGAGCUGGCCGCCCAGCUUGAGGAACAGCAACGACUGGAGACGGAUACGCAAAAGGAAUCAAAGGACACCGACUCGUCAGUAUCAAGUCAGCCCCGCGCAGAGAGGGCCUCAUCUUCCGAACUCGACCACUCCGAUUUCGAACCUGAUUACCGAGCAGCCGCCUUUGGAAGCCACAACACGAACCACAUGACGCUAUCUCCCCAGAGCUUUACCUCGUGCAAUACCGACUUCGAAUUGGGCCAGGCAGGCAGCGCCGAGCUGGACUCGCAAGCCAUGUUCCCUUCUCAAUCACCACAGGUCGCCAGCUUCCCCUCGUGGGCAAUGCCAGCUAAGCCUCAGCCUACGACGAACGCCACCAGUAUGCCCAUGCCAUUCAUGCACAAUAUCGAUGGUGUUACUGUAGACCUGCAACGCCAGAUAAUGCUGAACCAGGGUAUCCUCGAGUCGGAAUUCGGUUUCAUCAAGCCUCACGUUUUGUCGUGUCCUAAUCCGGAGGUAAUGAUGGGUAUGGGAGAUCCGAUGAUCUACUCGGGCUACGAAAAUGAGCUCUCGGGGUUGUAA